AUGGCUUCCGGCGUCUGUUCAGCGGCUGACCUGAGCAAAUUACUCGGCGGAGCCGCUAACGCCACCGCCGCAGCCGAGUACAUUUGCGGUAAUUUCGACGAUGUCUCAAACCGAUUCACCGACACUGGCCAUGCAGUUGACACCACGUAUCUGUUAUUCUCAGCAUACCUUGUGUUUGCCAUGCAAUUGGGCUUCGCCAUGCUCUGUGCGGGCUCGGUUCGGGCCAAGAACACCAUGAACAUUAUGCUGACCAAUGUCCUCGACGCGGCUGCCGGCGGCCUGUUUUAUUAUCUCUUCGGCUUUGCAUUCGCCUUUGGGACCCCUUCAAACGGGUUUAUCGGCUCCCAUAAUUUUGGCCUCACAAACUUCCCUUCUGAGUCGUUUGAUUACAGUUACUUCCUUUAUCAAUGGUGUUUCGCAAUCGCCGCCGCCGGGAUCACGAGCGGGUCGAUUGCGGAAAGAACCCAAUUCGUUGCCUACUUGAUUUAUUCUUCCUUCUUGACGGGAUUCGUUUACCCGGUUGUGUCUCACUGGUUUUGGUCCGGUGAUGGUUGGGCCAGCGCGGUCGGGGCGAAUCCCCUGUUCGGAUCCGGUGUGAUCGAUUUCGCCGGGUCCGGAGUGGUUCACAUGGUCGGAGGAAUUGCCGGGUUGUUGGGUGCCCUGAUUGAGGGGCCCCGGGUUGGUCGAUUUGACCAUUCUGGCAAGGCCAUUACCCUGAGAGGACACAGCGGAACUCUAGUUGUUUUGGGCACAUUCUUGUUAUGGUUCGGAUGGUACGGUUUCAAUCCGGGUUCUUUCCUUAUUAUUUCCAAGGCCUAUGGCAAUGGUGGAUCUUUCUACGGGCAAUGGAGCGCGAUCGGAAGGACUGCCGUCACGACUACUUUAGCCGGAUGCACGGCGGCACUGACGACUCUGUUCGGGAAAAGGAUGAUUGUAGGCCAUUGGAAUGUCACUGAUGUUUGUAAUGGUUUGCUCGGUGGUUUCGCUGCCAUCACGGGUGGGUGCUCCGUGGUUGAUCCGUGGGCCGCGGUGAUUUGCGGGUUUGUUGCUGCUUGGGUCCUGAUCGGGUUCAACAAAUUGGCUGAUAAAGUUGGGUAUGAUGAUCCGCUCGAAGCUGCGCAGCUUCAUGCUGGUUGUGGUGCCUGGGGGAUCAUCUUUACAGGACUGUUUGCUACGAAAAAGUAUGUGAACGAGGUUUAUCCCGGUCUACCGGAGCGGCCUUACGGGCUGCUGAUGGGCGGCGGGGCGAAGUUAUUGGCGGCUCAUCUUGUGCAGAUUGUGGUGAUCGUUGGCUGGGUGACGGUGACCAUGGGGACAUUGUUUUGGUUGCUACACAAGUUUGGACUUCUGAGGAUAUCGGUGGACGAGGAGACGGCGGGAAUGGAUCUUACCAGCCAUGGAGGAUUUGCUUACAGCGACAGCGACAAGAACCUGGAACUGGAAACAAAGAUGAAACUGCCUAUUACUAGUCCAACUAAUGAAAGGGCCUGA